AUGGUGACUGCGGCAGACAGUCUUGCACAGCUUCGCGCAGCUUUGGGCAACAAUGGGGCAUGUCUCGAGCAUGCGCGGCUGCAGCAAGUUGAGACACAACCACUGGAUGACCCCGACGGUCUCUCUUUUGCGAUUCUCUUGGGCUAUACAGAGGAAGGAUGCGACGGCUCGCAACGCAAAGUUUUGAUACACCUUUAUCCCUUACCUGGGAUUAACGGUCGGGCAGAAAUACAGUUCCAUUCUCAUGCGACCAGAGGGAACGAACACGCUAGAUACGAUGGUUCAUACAUCGUGAAGCGCUUGUCGCGUCCUGCUGCUGCUUUCGCGCUGCCUGGUCGGACACAGUUCUCGCUGAACAAGAUUCUCGCGCUUGCGAGGUACUACUUCCUUCAGAAAUUGGUCGAGUAUGACAACAAUACCGACGCUGAGAAAAUCGCUCUGGGUGGCUUGCCUUUGAGCAAGAGUAUGCGAGACGAACUGGAAGCUGCGUGCUCGGCCAUCUACGAGACAUCUCUCAACGGAGGCAUACCGGUAGCGCAAUCACAGCAUUGCGAAAAGCCGAGCAGUUCACUAUCCCGCUCAUUAGGAGCUCAGGAGGAUUUCAGCAUCACAGGACAGGAUAUCCAGGGACAUCAGGCGCUCUGUACACUGAGAGCUGCGCAGGGCCAAGAUCUUACUAAAUAUACUGCCGAGCCUCCAACGACACUAAACCAGCUCAUCACCCUGAGAAGGACCGAAAAAAGGCUAGAAAAGGAUGUUCGCGACCUUGACAUGCAGUUGGCAGCUCUAGCAGCGGAGCGAGACGCCAAGGCAGCUGACGUUGAUAUGGUCAAGAGACAGCAAGAGGAACUGUUCUACGGGCUAGACAUAAUGGAAAUCUACCGGCUUGGCGAGGAAGUUGGCCGUGCAGACGUGGAGAAUCACCUCCAGCUUGCAGACACAGAGAAUCAAGUCUAG